GCUCCGUUUGGAAAGGUGGUGAUUAACCCCUUCCCCCUCAUUCCUCCUCCUCCUCCGUCUCUCUCGCCGUCUGGUUCGUCUACCUGCACUCGUCUGGACUCGUUCGGUGAGUAAAGACACAGAAGGACAGGAAGGAAGAGAGAUGAGAGAGAAGGAGGGAGAGUAAGACCAAGACGGUACAAUUCGUUCUCUGUGGAAUACGGUGGAAAUCCAGGUAUUUGGACACCUGUGGAACACCGUUUUGGAUAUUUCACUAGUGCGAUUUGAUUGGACAACUCAAAUGGAAUACCAAGUGAGUGACUGAAGAACUGACUUGAUUGGAUUCACUCGAGUUUAACUAGCAUUUCUACACCAUGUCUAAACCUUCACGACUUGCUCGCCCAUCCUCGGCAAGUCCUGGCUCCAAACUCCCCUCGCCUCGUCGGGAUACACCUGCUGGCAGACACAGAAUGCACGGCAUGGGGGAGAAGGUGAUGCGGACAGGAAGUGAGGGCAAUGUACCUGGUCAGAAGCCUCCUGUCAAUGGAACGACACAUUUGCAGAUCCCACAAAACACUAAUGUAAAGGAAGAAGACGAGAUGGGCCAAACGAGAAGCAGAAUCAGUCCACCUAAAGGGUCCGCAGCAAAAAUAACCCAGCAACAAGUCACACAUCCCAAACCUCUGAAGGGAAAUCUAAAGGUGACUUCCAGUGAAGACGCUGAGCACCUGACCCGUAAACAGCAGCUUGUCUCUUCUAACAGCCCUGGUAGCCGCUGUGAGGCCAAAUCCAGCCGCGCAGGGGUUCCACGAAGACACACGGUGGGCGGAGCGCGCAGCUCACAGGAGAUCCUGGCCAUGCAGCCCUCGGAUAUGGAUAAAAAACGAGAGGCCUUUCUGGAACAUCUGAAGCAGAAGUAUCCACACCAUGCCUCCGCCAUCAUGGGCCAUCAGGAGAGACUCCGAGAACAGUUAUUUCAGGGGAUGUUGUCCGCUCUGCACUCUGAGAUAGAUAUUCAAAGAUAUCUGCUGAAAAUCCAGAAUGUUCGUUCACGAAGCCGGGGCUCUAAGCAAAGUGUGGCGUGUCCGAGUCCAGUGCCUGUGUUUGUGGAUCAGGUGGAGCACGGUUCACUGGUCUCUCUAGAUGCUCUGGAGGUCAUGUCUGAAUGCGACAUGCCCAUCGCCUUCACCCGAGGCUCCCGGUCUCGAGCCAGUCUGCCCGUGGUCCGCUCUACUAACCAGACCAAGGAUCGCUCACUAGGGGUGUUGUAUCUACAAUAUGGAGAUGACACAAAGCAGAUACGCAUGCCUAAUGAGAUAACGAGUGUUGAUACAAUCAGAGCUCUGUUCGUUAGUGCCUUCCCUCAUCAGCUCAACAUGAAGAUGCUAGAGUCACCCAGCACCGCCAUCUACGUGAAAGACGAGACCAGGAAUGUGUACUAUGAACUCAGUGAUGUCAGGAGCAUCACAGAUCACUCCUGCCUGAAAGUGUACCAUAAAGAUCCAGCGCACGCCUUCAGUCAUGGAGCCCGGCCAAGCAAUGGAGAUGCAAGGGUUCACAGGGAGAUGAUGUACGCUGGACCAAGUGGUCAUCCUCUUCGGCAGCCGCCGAUGGGUCCUCCUCCACCCCAUAUGCAGGGCUCCAUGUCCCCUACCACACCUCAUGCGAUGCCCCCGUCCCCAUCCCGUAUCCCCUUCGGCCCACGCACCUCAGGCAGUGGGGUUGCAACGAUGCCACGUGAGCGAGCGACACACACACUCCCCGCCCCUCCUCGUGCAUCCUCCCCCUGUCCGAGUGCCAUCCUCGAGCGGCGCGAUGUCAAACCUGAUGAGGACGUAGCGGCAAAGAGCAUGUCGCUGCCUGCCAGAGCCGAAAGUCAUUAUGCUGACCCCUAUAUGUUACAUCACCACGCACUGCCCCCUGAUACAGUAGACCACUACCACCGUGCCACCAUGCGCUCUUACAGUAACCCCGGCGUUCCCAUGGAGCCCGCAGACCAUCCUUCACUGUACAGACAGAAAAGCAGGAAGUACACGGAUAGCCAGCUACCCAUGCUAGGCUCCAAAACCCCACCGCCUUCCCCACAACGGAUGGGUGAGAUGCGAAUGAUCGACAUUCACACAGUCCAACCGCAGAGUUCCAUGACUCUGGAGAGGGCAUCACCUAUCAGACAAUCAUUUAGGAAGGAGGCUCCUCUUGCUAUGGAUACCAUGGUAAAAGCAAGGGGUGGCAUGGGGUCCCCGGCCACCCCUGAACAUCAGGUUCACAAUCCUCUGGCCCCCUCAACAGACCCUCAGACGCGAGAGAGAAUGAAGGCCAUGGAGGAGCAAAUAGCCAGUCUGACUGGUCUUGUGCAGCAUGCUCUCUUAAAGAGCCACAGCACUAACAGCAACAAGGAACACCCCAGUGAGAAACAAGUAAAGUCCGGAUCACCGGCUCACAGCACAUCUAGCACAGGAGGUUCUCCAAUAUUAGCACCAAAAGUUGCUGCAGCACCUCCUGAGCAUAGCCCCGCCCCUACACCACCACUAGGCCCCACCCCUUUGCAUCUUAACCUUCACCUGUUCAGAAAGAAUGUCUCUGAGCUCCGCCUCCAACUGCAACACAUGAGACAACUACAGCUUCAGAAUCAGGAGUGUGUGCGUGCUCAGAUAAAACGUGCGGAGCAAGAGAUCAGUGUGAAGCUUGCUGAAAUGCUGAGAAGACAGGAUGAUCCGACACAGAAACAGAGGACACUGGUGGAGGAAGAGAGACACCGAUAUCUCAGCAUGCAGGAAAGAGUUCUCACCCAGCUAGGGGAUCUGGAGCAGUACGUGGAGACACUGAGGACUGACUCCAGCCCUGCUGUGUCUCAGAGAGCCGUGACGCUGAAGGAAGUAGAGGAGGGAGCUGUCAGUCUGAGGAAAGUGGGUGAGAACCUGGCUGGACUGAAAGGAGAGUUUCCGGCUCUUCAAUCCCGAAUGCGGGCGGUGCUCAGGGUGGAGGUGGAGGCUGUAAAGUUUCUCAAAGAAGAGCCGCACAAGCUUGACAGCAUGCUGAAGAGAGUCCGAACCCUCACGGACACACUCAGCAACCUUCGCAGGUCUGCCACAGAUGGCCUGAUGAAACCUUCUGACCCUGUUUCCUCGACACCACCUGCCUCUGAAAAAAUAGAAUCAGCCAUCGUUGAAUCCCUCGAGGCUUCUUUGGUUGCGCCUCAGAGCUCCACAGUGAGGUCAGAGGUUAUGACGUCAAACCCUGUGGUAAUCCACCACGCCCAGGCAUCUCCGGUAGCUUCACAACAAUCCCAGCAAUCAACAGCACCUUCACCCAUUCCCCCUGCCACACAAAGACGAGAGUCUACCCCUUCACCCACCAAACAGCUCAAAAAACCCUCUCUCGAGCAGGCACAAAUACCAGAUAACAGCAGCAAUGGAGUUUCUGCUAAUGGCAUUCAUGGCAAAGGUCCUUCUCCAAACUUCAUUGAGGAGAUCCACGCAAGCCGCAGCAAGAACAAGAACAGAGCUGUGUCGAUAGAGGCUGCAGAGAAAGAAUGGGAGGAGAAGAGGCAGAACAUGGGUCAUUAUGAUGGGCAGGAGUUUGAACGGAUGCUCCAGGAAGCAGAAGCCAACAUGCUGAGAGGAAUACCAAACCUUGAGGUGCCCAGCGAACCUGAGGGCUUCCCUGCAGUGGUUCCUGCCUCCCUGGAGGAGGUUGUAGAAAAAAUUGAGCCUACAGCAGCACCAGCAGAACAGGAUGACAAUCAGCCAAACUCUGAGAAACCUACCAAGACUGCUCCAGAGAAACCUCCUAAACCUCUGGAGAAACAAGUUAAGUCAGCUUUGGAGAGACCUCUUAAACCCAACCUAUCCAUCAAAUCCAGCCUGGAAAGACAAAGUAAGACUCAGGAAAAAGUUGUUAAGAUUCAGACCACAGAGAAAGCCAACAAGUCCCCUCCUCCACCUCCACCUCGACGAAACUACACCACCAACACUGGGAUGACCACCACGCGAUCUGGAGAGGUCAUUUACACCAGCAGGAAGGAGUCUGUUACGGAGGGUGAAGAGGAGUCCAACAGUACAGCAUCUCAGCCUGAACCAAAGUCCUCUCCAGAGGUGAAGCCCAAACCCAUUACUCCUCCUCCUAUUGCGGCCUCGGCUAUCACCGAGGAAGAGGAUGAUGGAGACAAGAUUAUGGCAGAGCUACAGGUUUUCCAGAAGUGCUCUGUUAAGGAGGUAGGGCUCAAGGGUUUGGUAGAGCCACAGAUCAGAGAGCUAAGACCUGGGGUCUUACUACCCCUUAAAGAUAAGAAGAAUACUGAAAACCAAGAUGACAAGAACCCUGACACAGAUGAGAAUGGCAACAAUACAAUUCGUCAGAGUCCUGGGGUCAUCUACUAUGUCACAGCUCAGAUCUCCAAGGGAACUCCAUCAGCGCCAGAGGAAUCAACAGAGCGUAGAGACGCAUCACAGUCUCCCACAUCACAGGUGUCACAUGUCAAUGCUUCUGAACAAUCCCAAAGCCAGCUGCAGGUAUCGACUAACAAAUUUGGUGCCCUCAAAGCCAGCUCUUCUAGCACUCAACACCAAAAUCAGCUGUCACGUUCAGCCUCGCUGAAGGCAAAUCCACCCUCUCCACAGGAAGAACUUCCAGCUAGCCCAACCCAAGGGAAAGUUCACGUUGUCAAAGCUGCUCCAGUGCAGGUUAGCACAGAGGAAAGGGUAGUGUCUCCAACAGCAAUUUGCUCACCAGUCUCUUUAGAAGGUACUGCACCGAUUCUUUCUAAAACAGUCCCUGUUGGGACAGAUGUAGCCAAUCAGAAACUUAUAUUUGGUUCAUCCAAAGUGAAGGAAAGGAAAUUUGAGGAAAUAGAGGACAGUAAUGAGGCUUUUCUCAGUCCCGACCUGUCAGGAGAAGAGCCACCUCCGCCUCCUCCUGAUAACUUUGCCUUUAUGAUUACUAACACCAAGGUUCAAGCCCUCUCCACUGGAGAGUACCAUCAGCUUGUCAAUGCCAAGAAAGGUAGUGUGCAGACAGUAACUGUUGGUAAUAAACGACCAAGUGCUUCUGACAGUGGCACAGCAUCAGGAGAUGAUUGCAGUACCAGUGGUCCCACUGGUGCUGACAACACCAGUAAAAAGCCAGUUAUCAUCAUCUUUGAUGAGCCAAUGGAUAUCCGCUCAGCUUAUAAACGUCUCUCUACUAUCUUUGAAUGUGAGGAAGAGCUAGAGCGGAUGCUUGCAGAAGAAAGAAUAGAUGAGGAAAGUGAGGAAAAUGAGGAAGAAGAGUGGACUAGGGGAGUGCAGGUCAAAGAGAAUGGAGAUGGUAGGGGUUCUGGAAAAGGUACUAGUUCAAAUUCUCCUGCAGAUGUCACAGAUGGUCAAGUCACAAACUCUUCUUCAUCCUCAUCUCUAUCUGAAGACAUUACUGGUGAUGCAAAGCAAGAUGGAAAGAAGAAGUUCAAGUUGAAGUUCCCCAAGAAACAGCUAGCAGCAUUAACGCAAGCCAUUCGAGCUGGAAGUAAAACAGGCAAAAAGACUUUGCAAGUUGUCGUCUACGAGGAUGAGGAAGAGUCAGACGGAACUGUCAAGCAACACAAAGAGACCAAGAGGUUUGAAAUUGCUUGCUCCAAAACAGAGUCUUCAAAAUCAAAUCCGCAGGAAACUAAUGGACGAACUGACCAGAUUCGUAAGAACACCUACAAAACCCUUGACAGUCUAGAGCAAACUAUAAAGCAGCUAGAGAACACAAUUUGCGAAAUGGGACCGAAGACUUCGGAAGAGGCUGAAACCUCUGUAAACCCUGGAACUCAGGACAAUAAGACUGAAGAGACUCCAGGGCACUCAGAGAAAGGACUUCCUCCCAAAACCUCGGUCCCUAGGUCGGCUUCUUCCAGUAAAGGUCCUGGUCUACGAAAGAAGCCAAAACCACAGCUCCUUCCUCGGCCUGCCAUCAUAUCAACUACUGGGGUCUCAGUCACACCAGUUCCCACCCAGCAGAAUGCCAGCGUGGUCUCACCUACUAGUCGGAUGCCGGUGCCUGUUUCUGCCAAGGCGCGGCAGCAACCGGGCACCUCAGAGAAAGAGAGGGCAACAAAACCGCAAAAGCUACAGGACUCUCAGAGGCAGUUCCGCCAGGCUAAUGGAAGUGCUAAGAGAUCUGGAGGAGAUCCCAAAUCCACUUCUCCUACCGUGCCUGCUUCUAAAAUUCCUGCUUUUUCCUCUAGUACGGGAAAAGGCUUGUCCCAGUCUGAUUCUACUAAUAUUGUUAAUUCUUCUUCUCCUUUAUCUUCCUCCCUUCCCACUAGCAAGUCCUCAAUCCCUCCUCCUCGCUCCAGUUCCACCCCCUCCUCUCAUAUUCCCUCCCUUUCUAAUGGUUCUUUAAAAUAUGCCCCUCCCACUCACAGCACUAAAGGCCUCUCUAUUCCCACGCAGACACAAAACGGUCGACCUUCCUCCUCUUCUUCCUCUUCCUGUUCCCACUCCCCUUUGUCCCCGACUAUGUUGAGUCAGAGUGCGAAGAGUAUCCGUACCAUUCACACACCCAGCUUCACCAGCUACAGUCGGCCACACAACGGAAGCGCCGGUAAAUCAGCUAUUCCCACGGUAACUGUCGCUAAGGACGCUGCGUAGAAUGCUUCGCUGCUUCGCAACCAUUUAUGCAUCUCUUAAUGAGGUGGAGUCACUCCUGAUUAUACUUUGAUUCAUUUUUUAAGUUUGUGAUUUCAUUUGUUUGAACAGAUAACGUUGUUGUAUCAGAGUGAACUUUGUUUUGGCAUGACUUUGGCUAUUGCAUGUUAUUAUUUUCUCUGUUAAAGUGACAGGCCAUCAUUCAUUAAUCAGUGUUUUAAACUUGAAUCUCUGCAAAUCAUUAACAUGUAAAAAGAAACGCUUUAUUUUAAAAACUAAAAAAGGAUUUAUUUGCAGAGAGCAGGCUCUUGAUCAUGGAUUUUACAGAGCACUUCAUUUGAAAAAAAUAUUUAUUUUUCAUACAAGUUGAAGAGAGACUAAAAAGUAUUCAAAAGUGAAAGUAUGUAAACAAUGUUUUGGUUAUUAGUAUCCUUUAAAUGAUUGUAGAUUUUCAUUUUGCAUUUUUUUAAGUUGACAGACAUUGGUUGUAGCCAUAAUAAGUGAAAAAAGUACUGUAAGUAUAUUAACCAUUAAUACAAAUUGACAUUGUGUCUGUUUUUUUUUUUUUCUUUCUCUCAUGCACUGCCAGUGUCUUUAAGAUUUAUAAUUAUAAACUGACAACAGUUUUGCUGUCUUUUCAGUAGUUGUGCCUAUUUGCCAAAGUUUGUAAUUUACAUCUUUUCAACUGACUAUAUAUACUGUGUUAGACACUUUGUACAUUUAGGAUAGGUUACACCUGGCUUAACCUACCUAUGUCACAAUUCCUUGAUUUACUCAUGCAGUCUAUGGCUCUUAAAUUAAUGAGUAUUGAUGUCUAAAUGUAAACUAAAAAUUGUAGUGAUUGAUAAAAUUGCUCUCUACUUUCCAUGUACAUACUGUAACAUCUCUAUUUCAGAGAUUGUCUUUAGUUUUGUUAACAUAUUGUACCAAAGUUUAUUUCUAUGCAUGCCUAUACAAAAUUGUAGAAAGAAAGAAUGUAAUAGACAAAAAAAUCAUGCUUGCACAGACGGAUUUUGUAAAUAAAUAUGUUUUCUUUGGUUUUGUAUAGCUUUAAUUGCAGAAGCAAUCUGUGCAAAAGAGUGUAGGUAUUAAAAUAGUAAAGUUCUGCAUGCUUGUUGUUCACAUGGCCUCUCGGCUAUGAUUUCUCCACUGCAACACUGCAAGUCCUUCUAUUAAACAUUUUCGCAGAUAGUU